CUGAAGAAAUUACCACCAAGAUGUCUAGGAAAGGUGAAAAGGGAGAAAAGAGUGAAGAAAAACAGCCUUUGCUAGAUCCCCUUUCAGAUGAAGAGCUGGAUAUUGAAGUCAUGCCUCCAACUACAAGUUUGCAUGAUAACUCCAUGACUGUGAACCAAAGACCAGAACCCACUGAAUAUGACAGCUCUUACAGCUGCCUCCCGAUGCUGCAUGAGAAACCCUGUGUUUAUGUAUGGAGCUACUGGGAAGACUACACCUGGAGACUUUAUAAUUCCAACUGGAUUGUCAAAAUAGCAGAGCGUUUGGAACAUGGACUAGAAGAUGUAGAGAAACUCUUGAGGAGACCAAAAUCAAAAGCAGAUGAGAGGCUUCAACAGGUUUUGGAGGAGUUUGUUGCGGGAUGCAGGCAGUAUUCUCUUAAUGUGGACAAAAAACCAAUGACUCGUCCAAAUAACCUUGAUCGAUGUCGGAUGAAAUCUCUCCCACAAAACAUUAUAUUCUAUGCAAAACAAGGACUCCGCAUAAGAAGACGACUGACUCGGAUCAAUGUCAAGGAGAAAGUAAAUGAGGCAAAGAUAAUCCUGUCAAAGCUCCGCUUCCUGGCUAAAGAGCCCCAGUGUACUAUCCCUGAUGUCCUGAUCUGGAUGUUUAGCAACAACAAGCGUGUAGCCUAUUCAAGGGUCCCUGCCCAGAAUAUCCUUUACGCGGUGGUGGAAGAAGAGAAAGGCAAAGACUGUGCAAAGAUCCAAACUGUCUUUCUAAAGGUUCCAGGGUCACGCAGUGAAGAGAUCUUCGCAAAACUGGAAAUCUAUAUGUGGCUUGGGAUAACUAAAUAUGUGAAGAACUGUACUGCAGAACUUCCAGAAGAGUUCAAACCCAUCUGUGAUAAGACACAGAAACUUGCAAGCAUUCCAACAUAUUUCCCACCCAUUCAACUCAACAGAGAUGACUUCAGUUACUUUCAGCUUCGAGCCCAUUUGUAUCAGGCAAGAGGUAUUCUUCCUGCUGAUGAAAAUGGCCUUUCAGAUCCAUUUGCAAGAGUGGUAUUUUCAACACAGUGCCAGUCUACAAUGGUACUGGAAGAGACACUCAGCCCAAUGUGGAACGAAUUACUUCUGUAUGACCAGCUUGUAAUUGAUGGAAAGAAAGAGGACUUGAAGACAGAGACUCCAAUUGCUAUUGUCAAUAUUUUUGACUACAAUAAAUUUGGCUCAGCAGAGUUCCUUGGUCGAGCCUUUGUUACCCCACAGGUGAAGCUGGUAGAUGAGCCUUACAGCAAACCUUCUCUCCAAUUUUUUGACAUUUAUAAGGGACAUAAAUCAGCUGGGGAAUUAAUUGCUGUAUUUGAGCUGAUUGAACUGGAUUAUAGUGGUUACUUAGAGCCAUCAGUGCCUAAUGAUGUAGACCCCAAAGAGCCAGACUAUUUGGGGGAUCCUCGUUCUGCACGAUUCAUUAUUCCUGAGGGAAUCCGCCCAGUCCUUAAAGAAUUUCGCAUAGAGAUCUUGUUUUGGGGCCUGAGAGAUCUGAAACGUGUGAACCUAUUUGAGGUUGACCAGCCACAGGUGAUAAUUGAAUGUGCUGGAAAGAAAGUGGAAUCAGAAGUGAUCAUAGUUUACAAAAAGAACCCAAAUUUCAAUGAACUCGUUAAAUUUGUUAAUGUGGAGCUUCCAGAACAGGUAUAUUUACAUCCACCUCUCAGUAUCUUUGUGGUGGAGAAGAGAGCCUUUGGACGCUCUGUCCUGGUGGGAACUCACAUAGUUUCUCAUAUUAUGAAAUUUGCUCCUAAAGAAGUAGAUGAGCUGGAAGAGGAAACAGAUAGCCCACCAAAGAGAAGGAAAGCUUCAGUUAAACCAAAUGUCUCCCAAAAGGUGAUGAACAUUGGUGCAGCUGCUGGGCAGACCGUAAUAAAUAUUGGUGCAGCUGCUGGGCAGACCGUAAUAAAUAUUGGUGCAGCUGCUGGAGACUUAGGAAGCAAAGCUAAUCCCCUCAAGCUUGUCAAGGCACCACUGAAAAAAAUACCUAUUGAUAAAUUGGUACCAAAAGAGGAAGAAUUUGAGGAGGAAAAGCCUGAGAAGGAAGAACUGGAUUGGUGGUCUAAGUACUAUGAAUCAUUAAAAGAAUUAAAUAACCAGGCCCUUAGUGAUGAAGAAGAGGAUGAUGCAAAUGACCCGGUAUCUUCUUUAGAUGGAGGGAAUCUGAAUGCUGCUUCUCUUGAUGAGGAUGUAGAAGAUGAAAUAGCUGUUGAAGCUGAGCCAGUUCGUCCGAAAAGGAAACUUAUAGCAACAUUAAAAAUCUAUAGUUCAGAACUAGAGAAUGAGUUUGACAAUUUUGAGGACUGGUUAUGUAUUUUCCCACUUCACCGUGGAAAAGCUAAUGAAGAUGAAGAUGGGAAUGAGGAAGAAAAAUUUGUGGGGAAAUACAAGGGUUCAUUCUAUGUUUAUCGAGCUGAAGAGGCAGGUGCAGAACACAAGAUCUCCCAAGGCAUCCCCAGAAAUAGACCCAUCAAGGUCCUUGUCAGAAUUUAUAUUGUCAAAGCAACUAACUUGACACCAGCAGAUCCCAAUGGCAAGGCAGAUCCCUAUCUUGUGGUUAAAAUUGGCCAACAACAAAAAGACACCAAGGAUCGAUAUAUCCCAAAACAGCUCAAUCCAGUUUUUGGAGAAGUACUGGAGCUUACAAUAUCCUUUCCUAUAGAAUCAGAACUCACUAUAGCAAUAUUUGACCAUGAUUUGGUUGGAUCUGAUGAUUUAAUUGGGGAGACCAAAAUUGACUUGGAGAACCGAUUCUACAGCAAUCACAGAGCCAACUGUGGAGUGGCCUCACAAUAUGACACGGAGGGCUACAAUAUGUGGCGAGAUGCUUUCAAACCCACACAUAUCUUGGAGAGUUUAUGCAAGAAGAAUGCGCUCCCCUCAGCUGAAUACAGGGCAGAGGAAGUCAAAGUAAAUAACAAGAUUUUCAAAAUUCCUCCUGAAGCUUUUCCUGAAGAAGCCUUGGUAAAGGACAACAAAGAAAAUGAUGAUGAAACCUGGUUUGCCUAUGAUGAGCACAAGGCUUUGUAUGUUCUUCAACACUGGGAUGAGAUGCCUGAGUAUGGAUGCCAAUUAGUACCAGAACAUGUGGAAGUUCGAUCUAUUUACAACCCAGAUAACCCUGGUAUUCUGCAGGGUUCUCUCCACAUGUGGAUUGACAUGUUUCCAAAUGAUGUCCCUGCACCGCCACCUGUCAACAUCAAACCACGACUUCCAAUCAGUUAUGAACUACGUGUUAUUAUCUGGAAUACAGAUGAUGUAAUUCUGGAUGAUGUCAAUCCAAUAACAGGAGAAAUCUCCAGUGACAUAUAUGUAAAAAGCUGGAUCAAAGGACUGGAGAAAGACAAGCAAGAAACAGAUGUUCAUUUUAAUUCUUUGACUGGGGAAGGCAACUUCAACUGGCGGUUUGUGUUCCACUUUGACUACCUUCCAACUGAGAAAGAGAUAACUUACAAAAAGAAGGAUUCUAUUUUUUCUUUGGAGGAGUCAGAAUUCCGUGAGCCGGCUGUCCUAGUCCUUCAAGUCUGGGACUAUGACAGGAUUUCAGCAAAUGAUUUUCUAGGGGCCAUUGAGUUAAAGCUGAAUGAUAUGGUGCGAGCUGCCAAGAGUUCAGAGCAGUGCACUAUCAAGAUGGCCAAGGAAAAGGCCAUGCCGCGGUUUUCUAUCUUUCGAAACAAACGAAUGAAAGGGUGGUGGCCCUUCAUUAAAUUGAAAGGUCAGGAAGACAUUGAAAGGGAGGAGAGGGAGGCUAAGCAGAAGAAAAAGAAGAAGAAGAAGAAGAAAUGGAGGAGAUCAAUUAAGCCAGAAGAUGUUGAGUUUUCAGAUCCUAGUGGGAACAUCUUCAUCUUAACAGGAAAAGUAGAAGCUGAAUUUCAGUUAUUGACUAUAGAGGAAGCUGAGAAAAACCCAGUUGGUCUGGGGAGAAAAGAGCCAGAACCCUUGGAAAAACCCAAUCGUCCCAAAACAUCCUUCAACUGGUUUGUGAACCCCAUGAAAACAUUCGUCUUCUUCAUUUGGAAACGGUACAAGAAGUACAUCAUUGCUUUGUUGAUUAUUGCAAUUGUGACCAUAUUCUUGGUUCUUAUUCUCUACACAAUGCCUGGAUACAUCAGUGAGAAGAUAAUAAAUGGCUAAACAAGCACACUUCUUCCCCAGCAAGUUGGGAUUUAAUAAAGGAAGAUAACAAUGACUUCUGUAUCAAAGAUCUUAGAGAACAUAAAACAUAGCUGCCUAACUGCAUACAGCAUUUUGAAAAUGUGUCUGCCACUGAAAAGAAGAUACUGUCUCUAUCUGAGUAUUCAGACUGCCAACUCACAUAUACAGUUGGUGAUAACAAUCUCUGAAAUAAGUUUUUUACCUGUCAAUAACUCUGAAGAUAAAAUUCCAAUGAAAAACAGACUCUGUGACCUUUAUGGAUAAAAUAAACAACUGCAUCUUAAACAGAAAGCAGGGGAGGUGUAAAAGCACUAAAAAGUAGUCAUACAAAAGGAGAUUGUUUUAUGCUUGUGCUGUCUGUGUUCCCAGAUCACAAGUCUGUGGGAAAAUGAAUUUCAAAUAGUCAAAAUACAUGCUAUGGAAAAAAUCCUAAUAUUAUAGUGUAAGAUGAGGUGAUAAGGCAGUAGUGGGAUGAAUU